ACCAAAUCGAAGCGCGGCAAUGGUUGUUAUGAGCACUUUGGCGUUGGUAAGAGCCGCUUACUCGCUCAACAGUUUCGUCUUUGAAGCCGAAGACAUCCGAUUCGGUUCUCCGUGGUGGUUCGUUGUCGUCGGUGUAGCGUGUUUCCUCGUACUCUUCGCCGGAAUAAUGUCGGGACUCACGCUCGGACUAAUGUCCCUUGGUCUCGUUGAGCUAGAGAUUCUCCAACAGAGUGGUUCCUCCGCCGAGAAAAAACAGGCCGCUGCAAUCUUACCAGUGGUAAAGAAGCAGCAUCAACUUCUUGUGACUCUACUUCUUUGCAAUGCAGCUGCAAUGGAGGCUCUUCCUAUAUGCCUGGAUAAGAUUUUCCAUCCUUUUGUGGCUGUUUUACUCUCAGUUACUUUUGUUCUUGCUUUUGGGGAGAUUAUUCCGCAAGCUAUAUGCUCGAGAUACGGACUUGCUGUUGGGGCAAACUUUCUGUGGCUGGUGCGCAUUUUGAUGAUACUCUGCUAUCCCAUUGCUUACCCUAUUGGAAAGGUUCUUGAUGCUGUAAUUGGGCAUAAUGACACACUAUUUAGGCGAGCUCAGCUCAAAGCCCUUGUCUCAAUUCACAGCCAGGAGGCCGGUAAGGGGGGUGAACUGACACACGAGGAAACAAUGAUUAUAAGCGGAGCCCUGGAUUUGAGCCAGAAGACUGCUGAGGAGGCUAUGACGCCAAUUGAAUCAACAUUUUCGCUGGAUGUAAAUACAAAGUUAGACUGGGAAACAAUUGGAAAAAUACUGUCACGAGGUCAUAGCCGAAUCCCGGUCUACUUAGGGAAUCCGAAAAAUAUCAUUGGGCUUCUAUUGGUUAAGAGUCUUCUAACUGUACGAGCGGAGACAGAGGCACCUGUAAGUUCUGUUUCCAUUAGGAAGAUCCCAAGGGUUCCAUCAGACAUGCCAUUGUACGAUAUCCUCAAUGAGUUUCAAAAGGGAAGCAGUCACAUGGCUGCAGUUGUUAAAGUUAAAGACAGAGAUAAAAAGAAUAAUAUGCAGUUGCUGAGUAAUGGCGAAACACCAAAAGAAAAUAUGAAGUUUUACGAGAGUAGUAAUUUAACGGCUCCUUUGUUGAAGCAUGAAUCCCAUGAUGUUGUUGUUGAUAUUGAUAAAGUCCCAAAGCAUGUGAAAAAUAGGGGAAGAAAUUUCCAACAGAAUGGUACAGUGACAAGAGACUUACCGCGUUUGUUGGAUGAUAACGAGGAUGCAGAAGUGAUUGGCAUCAUCACGUUAGAGGAUGUCUUUGAAGAACUUCUACAAGCAGAAAUCGUGGAUGAAACUGAUGUUUACAUCGAUGUACAUAAAAGAGUACGGGUGGCGGCGGCAGCAGCAGCAGCAGUAUCAUCCAUAACACGUGCUUCACCAGCGGAGAUUCAAAGCAAGGUAGGACAAACCGUGAAGAAGCUUGUUGGGAAAGAAGCACUAGGCCCUGUGCAGAAAGCCGUUGUGCUCCAGCCAUUUGUCAAGCUGGUCAGGCUUGUCGCGAGGGCUUUCUAUGAUGAUUAUACUACGAAAAGCGAUAAUCAGCAGAAAUCUGCAAGAAGUGACAACAGAGGGAUUGCCGCUGUGGUGCUAGACGCCCUGGCGAGGCGGCAAUGGGUUAGAGAAGAAGAUUUGGCAAAAGAUUUGCAGUUGCAUGCCAAGCAACUUCGAAAAAUAAUAAGACUCUUUGAAGAAGAAAAGUUGAUUAUGCGUGACCACCGGAAAGAGACUGCAAAGGGGGCAAAGAUGUAUAGUGCUGCAGUGGCUGCUACAACUGAUGGCCGAGCAGAGGACAAAGUUAAGCUUCACACCCACUCGUAUUGUUGUCUCGAUUAUGCACAGAUAUGUGAUGUUGUUCGUUUUAGACUGCAUCGGAUGAAAAAAAGGCUCAAAGAUGAGCUAGAAGAUAAGAAUACUGUUCAGGAGUAUGGCUGUCCUAACUGCCAAAGAAAAUAUAAUGCGCUGGAUGCUCUGAGAUUAAUUUCUAUGGAAGACGAUUCUUUUCAUUGUGAAAAUUGCAAUAGUGAACUUGUUGUGGAAUGUAACAAGCUAACUUCCGAAGAAGUUGUUGAUGGAGAUGAUAAUGCCAGGAGACGGCGGCGGGAAAAACUAAAAAAUAUGCUUCAGAAGUUGGAGGUUCAAAUGAAACCUCUGAUGGAUCAGUUAAAUAGAGUAAAAGACCUACCAAUUCCUGAAUUUGGAUCUUUUCUGGCAUGGGAGGCUCGUGCAGCUAUGGCUGCUCGCGCGAAUGGUGAUCUUAACCCUAAUGAUCCUUUGAGGUCACAGGGUGGGUAUGGUUCAACACCAAUGCCAUUUCUCGGAGAGACAAAGGUUGAGGUUAACCUUGGCGAUGGAAACGAAGAUGUUAAAUCUAAAGGUGGAGAUUCCAGUCUGAAAGUCUUGCCUCCAUGGAUGAUCAAGGAAGGAAUGAAUCUGACCGAGGAACAAAGAGGAGAGAUGAGACAGGAAGCAAAGGUUGAUGGUGGCUCAAGAGGAGCAGCAAAACUUUCAGAUGACAAGAAAUCAGCCAGUGGAAAUGGAGAUGAGAAGGAUUUGAAGGAUGAGUAUCUCAAAGCUUACUACGCAGAACUUAUGAAGCAGCAAGAGCUUGCUGCAAGACGAAAUCAACAAGAAUCCGCUGGCGAAUCAGCUUCUGACAUUCAGUUGGGUACUACAUCCUCAGGUCGUCAGGUUAGUAUGAAGGCCAAACGUGAAGAAGAAGAUGAAGACGAAGAUGAAGAAGAUGUUGAAUGGGAAGAAAAGGCUCCUGUUGCAGCUAAUGGAAACUACAAGGUGGACUUGAAUGUGGAAGCAGAAGCUUCGGGUGGUGAAGAAGAAGAAGAGGAAGACGACAUCGAUUGGGAAGAAGGCUGAUCAUAGAAUGAAGUGGUCGAUUGUGAAUUCUCAUCUCAUGUACACUAUAAUGACUUUUAGUAUCUCAUCAGCUACACCAAAUUCCUCAUAUUGUACUUGUCGAAGCAGACGAAAGGUUAAUAUAUCUGUGAAACAAAA